AUGUCUAGUUUACUUCUCGAAGUUGGAACUCCCUGUCCCAGGCGCUCGAAAAACUCAACACCCGGAGACUCUACCGGGACGGGAAGCGACUCAUUCGGCUUGUGGGACGACAGCCUCGGAAAUUAUGACGACACCAAGAACAUCGACUUUACCACGGAGAUAAGAGCGCCUAUUCUGACAGGAGCUAAACCAAAGCGAAGGUCAAAGGCCAGUACCUCUUUUAUCAUCCACAGCGAUUACGAGGAGAAACCAGCGGCCAUCAAGCAGAAGCGGGAAAUCAAACCGGCUCUUAGUGCUGCGAACCGCAAGACGUCAUUACUCGCGCAGCCUGCACAGAGGUUUCGUCCUCGAGUCAGCUUUGCUCCAAGUCCCGUCAAGCAUUCACAGCAGCGCAAUGAAGUUGAGCCGACAAAGCGAACCACAAAGCCGAGUGUGCACAAGAACAAUGAGCUUCUCCGGCGGAUUAGUAGUGAGGGUGAGGGUGAGCUGGGCAAAGAUGUUAUGAAGAAGGAUGUACGACGAAACACCAUCUAUAUUCCCCCGGAAGACACAACCGUGGCGAGCGUGUUCAUGGGUCUUUUUAGCCCGCUCAAAUCUGGAAAUUUGAACCACGUAGCGGAGCUCACGGAGAUCAACAGCCUGGGAUCUCAGAUCGCGAAAAAGCAGCAGGCGAAACAGCGACUUGCGUCGUCCCCGGGUCGCAUUCCACUACAGAAUAGCUCGAAGGUACUUCAAGAGUCAAACGGCACAGUCGAUAUCCCCGGGAAGAAUGGAGGCAAGGAGAACAUACCCCCGGGAAUGGUCCUCGUUGGCGCCAAGGGAAAGAACCUACAAACGUCCAAGUGCAUCGACUCCGCCGUUGACGAGCUAGCUGCUCUGAGCUUGACGGAUAAGGAGUCUCGAGGUAUACUUGCAUCUGCCCAGACUGUCACCAAGCCACUCGCGACGAAGACGGUCAAUAUCGCUGCGCAAAAGACCAAAAAGAGCCAGGAUAUGUCCAAGCUUUCUGCCAGAGGUGGUGCCGGGGUGAGAAGAGGGUCGAAUUCCGGAACUAAGGAUACAGGCAGAAGGACUUCUACCGUGUCGGACCCGCUUAGUGCUUCAAGGUCUGGAAUGAACCCGUCAAUUAAUCGGAACAGCUCGAAACAUACCAAAAGCGAGUAUCCCCCGGUACCGCAGGGAAUCACGAAUCCAUCAAUGUACGAUGACAAUUGGCUUUCUCACCAGGAAGUCAUAUUGACACAGUUAAUAAAUGGACUGUUUGACGAAACAAACGGCAUUACACAAACAGACGACCCUGCCGUCCUUCGACGCGAACUACUCCUCAUGUACCAAAGCCCAUCCUUUACAGAUUUGUACAAGAGACUACAGUCUUCGCUGCUGUAUGGUGCCCUCAGCAUCCCCAAACAUGUCUUAGCGAAGAAUAGCCGACUGAGGCACGAUCUGGGAUUGAAGCGGAAGUAUAUUGAUAUUUGGCUUCAGACAUAUGAACCCAGAGCCUUGAAGGCCGCAUUGGAGACCGUCACUGGCAGGAUCAUCCCGGCCUUUAAGCCUAGUUCUAGCAUUCAGAGCACCAGCGAAGGCUCUCCGAAUGCGGAGAAGGCACUAAGGAGGAGACUCGAGAAGUUUCUGGGUGCAUUCUUGGUACAAAAUCAGGAUAUGGAUACCAGUGAGAACAGCGCCGAGGAACCCGAGCCCCUGGGCAAUGCGUAUCGCCGAACCGUCCUCCGCAGCAUUAUGCUGGUUAUCCUGUUGGACAAAGCGAAGCUCACUCCGAAGACAUCACUAUCUCAUUGUUUGUUCCUUGCCUCGUCGCCUUACAAGUCGUCUUCUGCUGUGCUUCAAGUAUUAACCCGGUUUCUACUCCCGUCAUGUGGCGAUAUCAUCAAAGCCCUAGGCCAACUGGACUGUCAAGUAUCAUACCAGCAGCAUCCGCUCGAGGAGUACGAGUACGAAGUUUCCAACCUUGCGGUCGAUCUGAGAGAUGGCAUCAGAUUGACAAGGAUAGUGGAGUUGCUUCUCUAUCCCCUUACUCCGCCCGAUAACUCCUGUGAUGUGACACUCUCCGAGAUGAGGUUAUCUAAGGACUCCACAGAUGACUCCGGCUGGCCGCUGUGCCGUCGCUUGAAAUUCCCCUGUUUGAGCCGUACAGUCAAGAUGUUCAACGUCAGAGUCGCUCUGGAUGCAUUGGCCUCCAACAGAGAGGGCAAACGGCUUAUCAACAACAUCCGGGCUGAGGAUAUCGUCAAUGGACACCGCGAGAACACUAUUGCUCUAUUAUGGGGCCUUGUCAGCAAAUGGGGUCUUUCUGGACUCGUCGACUUGGGCGACCUACGAACAGAGAUAACUCAGUUAAAGCAGCGAGCUAUAUCUCGACAUGAACUUGAAACUCAAAUUAAUGAAUCGACUGAACACGGCGAGAAUGGUGAGGCUGCAGUAAUGCUGAAGCAAUGGGCCUCACUCCUUGCCCAGCUACAUAGCGUACAAUCUAGCGUCACCACAAAACUGGGAGACAGCAAAGUCUACGAGUGUAUACUGGACGAAUACGAAGGAUACAUCCUCAGCCAGAACCAGUUCGAUCUAUCCAACGGAUGCAAAGCAUCUUUGGAAGACCGCCUACGAGCUCUAGGAUGCAGCACACAAUUUAUCCGCCUCGUCUCCCCAAGACGCACUUCCCACAUUCCUGACACACACUCCAACACAGGCGCCCUAGCCUUCCUCUGCUCCCGGCUCCUUCCAGCCACGAAACGAGCCCGCGCAGCCAUCGUCCUCCAAAACGCAUGGCGACGCGUCCUCCGUAACCGCGAGAAUACACGAAAAAUCGCCGCAAGAGACAUCGCACGGCAGUGCGCUGCCGUCGUGCAGACUAGAGACCGGAUCCUCUGGGCGAAGAAUGUCAUCUUGCAUUGGUGGAGAAUGAGCAAGUCGAAACGACGGAGAAGGGCGACUGCGACGAGGAGAGUCACGCAUGGGGGGAAAUCUCUCAUGACAAAGACUACGACGACGAGGAUUCCCCUGCGUUGUGGGAGGUGA